AUGUUGAAUGAAUUCAUUUUAAUGGGAAUCACAGACCUACCUGAGCUUCAGCCUUUAUUAUUUGGGCUCUUCUUCAUUGUAUACAUGGUCUCCCUGGUUGGUAACCUAGGCUUGAUCAUCCUCACAAACAUAGAUUCAAGGCUACAAACACCCAUGUACUUUUUCCUCAAACACCUGUCUUUUACUGAUCUUGGUUAUUCGACAGCUGUGGGACCCAGAAUGUUGGUAAAUUUUGCUGUAGAUGAACAUACAAUCUCCCGUAAUUCAUGUGCUACCCAGCUCAUGUUCUUCAGCAUAUUUAUCAUUAGUGAAAUUUUUGUUCUGUCAACAAUGGCCUAUGACCGCUAUGUGGCCAUCUGUAAGCCUUUGCUCUACACAGUCAUCAUGUCACAAACAUUAUGUAGGGGGCUGGUGGCAAUACCUUAUCUCUACAGUGUCAUUUUGUCUUUGUUGACCAUCAUAAAAAUUUUUCAUUCAUCGUUUUGUGGCCAUAAUGUCAUCAGACAUUUCUACUGUGAUAGUCUGCCACUGAUAUCUUUGCUGUGUUCAGACACACAUGAAAUUAAGUUGAUAAUUCUGGUCUUUUCAUCUUUCAAUUUGAUUUCAUCUCUCCUGAUAGUCUUUGUGUCCUACAUUCAGAUCCUUGUCACCAUCCUCAGGAUGAACUCUAUGCGUAUGUAUGUUAAAACUUGUCAAAUUUGA